CAAAGACAAAGAGCCAUGCAAACGUGUCUUCUACUACGGUGUCAAUAUUAAGUGGAGACUACGUGGGAGGAGAUGAAGUUCCCUUACUCUGCCCUCGCCUCUGCUGUCCAGUGAAGCCAGGGAUCCCUUGAGCGAGGAGCCUCCUAUGUUGAGACCCACGGAAAGGCACAUGCAGUCACUCAGCUGCUAGAAAUUUGGCAGUACAGGGAGUGUGUAAAUCCAUUAAGGCCAAGAACGAGUAUUCUCACCGACCAGGUUCCUUUGGCCCCACUCAUGGACGAGGAAGUAUUUGGCACAGGAGUCCAUAUCAAAGAAGAACUCAACGAAGGUGUCACCGAAGAAAAUGAGGUGGAAAUUAAGGAAGAACUGUAUGAUCAUGCAGAUGAAGUGAGUGAAGUGAAAGUGGAGAAUGAAAUUCUUUCCUUCAGUGAUCUUCAAGAUCUUGAAAAUGAAGCAAAUGAAAAAGACUCGUGUGAUAUUAUUGAGGAUUGCAAUACCUUUUCGAGAGUGCCAAUUGUGGCUGAGGAAAAUGAGAAAAAAUGUUCAUCAGAAGAGGAUCAGGCAAAAUGUAAGAAAAAUCAUAACAAUAUUACACACAGAAAAGUGGGUAGGAAAUUGAAGUCCUUUGUAUGUGAAGUAUGUGGCAAAAUUUUCCACAGAAAAUCAGGUAUACAGAAUCAUAUGAGGGUACACACAAAAGAGAAGCCAUACAGCUGUGAAAUUUGCAACAGAGCUUUCUCACAGGAAUUUGCUCUACUAAGGCAUAUGAGAGUACAUACAAAGGAGAAACCAUACAGCUGUGAAAUCUGCAGCAAAGCCUUCCCUCUGAAAUGUAAUCUGCUAGUGCACUUGAGAGUACAUACAAAGGAGAAACCAUUUAGCUGUGACAUUUGCUAUAAAGACUUCUCACAAAAAUAUCACUUAGUGAGACACAGGAGAGUACAUACAAAGGAGAAACCACAUAUCUGUGAUAUUUGCAGAAAAGCUUUUUCUCAGAAAACUCAUUUAGUAGUGCACAUGAGAGUACACACAAAGGAGAAACCAUAUAGUUGUGAGAUUUGUAAAAAAAUCUUUUCUCUGGUAAAGCACGUGAGACUACAUUCAAAGGAGAAACAAUAUAGCUGUGAGAUUUGUGGAAAAGCUUUCUCUGAUGAAGGUUCUCUAGUUGUGCACAUGAGAGUACAUACAAAGGAGAAACCAUUUAUCUGUGAGAUUUGCAAAAGAGCCUUUUCCCUGGUAAAGCACAAAAGAGUACAUACAAAGGAGAAACCAUAUGUCUGUGACAUUUGCAAAAAAGGUUUCUGUGAGAAAGGUUCUCUAGUAGUGCACAUGAGAGUACACACAAAGGAGAAGCCAUAUAUCUGUGAGGUUUGCAAAAAAGCUUUCUCUAUUAAAAGUUCUUUGGUGAAGCAUUUGAGGGUACAUACAAAGGAGAAACCAUACAUCUGUGACAUUUGUAAAAAGGCUUUCCCUGUUAAAGGUUCUCUGGUAAGGCAUUUGACGAUACAUACAAAGGAGAAACCAUAUAUCUGUGACAUUUGCAAAAAAAGCUUCUCAACAAAAUUUGCAUUAGUGAAGCACAUAAGAGUACAUACAAAGGAGAAACCAUAUAUCUGUGACAUUUGCAAAAAAGCUUCUCAACAAAAACACAUAAGAGUACAUACAAAGGAGAAACCAUAUAUCUGUGACAUUUGCAAAAAAAGCUUCUCAACAAAAUUUGCAUUAGUGAAGCACAUAAGAGUACAUACAAAGGAGAAACCAUAUAGCUGUGACACUUGCAAAAAAGGUUUCUCUGUUAAAACUUCUUUGGUGAAGCAUUUGAGGGUACAUACAAAGGAAAAACCAUAUAGCUUUGAGAUUUACAAUAGAGGCUUCACAGAUAAAUCUAGAUUAGAGAAAGAGAUAAAAGUACAUACAAAGGAGAAACCACAUAUCUGUAAUAUUUGCAAAAAAGCCUUCUCUCGAAAAAGUCAUCUAGUAGUGCACAUGAGAGUACAUACAAAGGAGAAACCAUAUAGCUGUGAGAUUUGCAAUAAGGACUUCUCAGAUAGAUCAGCCUUCAUGAGACACAGGAAAAUACAUACAAAGGAGAAACCACAUAUCUGUGAUAUUUGCAAAAAAGCCUUCUCUCAGAAAUGUCAUUUAGUAAAACACACAAGAGUGCAUACAAAGGAGAAACCACAUAUCUGUAAUAUUUGCAAAAAAGCUUUCUCUCGAAAAAGUCAUCUAGUAGUGCACAUGAGACUACAUACAAAGGAGAAACCAUAUAGCUGUGAGAUUUGCAAUAAAGGCUUCUCAGAUAGAUCUAACUUAGUGGGCCACAUAAGAGUACAUACAAAGGAGAAACCAUGUAGCAGUGAGAUUUGCAAUAAAGACUUCUCAGAUAAGUCUUAGUGGAUCACAUUGGAGAACAUGCAGAGGAUAAGCCAUUUAUGUUUGGUUUCCAAUAAAACCUUAUCUCUAAAAUAUAUUCUAGCACAACACAAGAGAGUGCAUGCAAAGGAGCAAUGUGCCUGAGGAUUCUCCAAGAAAUAUGAUUUAGUGAUUAUCUGCAGGCAUGCAAAGUUGAAACCAUAUAGGCAUUCUCUGUGAAAAUAAGAUUACUCUGGUGUACAUAAAGGUCACAGAAAUAACAUGUAUGAGGUCUGUAGAUAUACCUUCACCCACAGAAGAAAUUUCAAGGGUACAUGAGAAUUAUGAAGGAUUAAAAUGAUCUACAAGGAAGACUUCCUCUUGACAUUUUUGUGGCAGAUGCAUCACAGAGUUUGAAGGUUCUCUUUUUUAUUUAUGUUUUAUAUGAUUUUGUUUAUGUGUAGUUUUGUGUAUUCUGACUUGUAUUUUCGUUUUCAUAGACUUAAUGUCACAGGGGCAGUCAAAACACAACCACUAAUGUUCACAGUGUUUCAAAAAACUGCUCUCCAAUACAGAUGUGUUUUGUAACUUCUAUCAUAAUUUUGGUACUACAGUUACAGGCAGACACUUCAUAUUCUUCAUGUGAAAUCCUAUAUAGGAUCUGUAUUAAAAGGUAAAUGAAAGUUGAUUCAAGGAAAGAAUUUUGUUAUCUAUAAGUCCAUUUACAUAAA